AAUUCUGCCAGUGUAGACUCAAUGUUUCCCUUGCACUCUUUGGAACAGUGAAAUGGAGCUUCUUCUGGGCCUCCUGCUUGGGGUCAUUGGAGUUAUAGGGAUUCUUCUCCUGUUGCUUCUCUCCUGCGCAAUUUAUUAUGAUCUUUCCAGGAGUAAAAUUCCAUCUGGAUUUGAUUGUCCAUUAAAGCUUCGGGUCAUUCACUGCAAUGUCAUUAUGGUGAUCAUUGUGGCGAGGUGUCUUGAACUGAUGGGUGUCUGCAGCCAGUUUGCCUUUACCCGCUUCCUCCUGAGUUUCCGGAAUCCAAGAAUGGAUCCCAGCCUCUCUGCCAAAGAUCUGCAUUUUGACGGGGUUCCUGUGAGGGUUUAUCAGCCCAAAACACCAUCUGCUGGCCCAAGGAAAGGAUUUGUGUUCUUUCAUGGAGGUGCUGGGAUGAUUGGGAGCAUUGAGUCUUACCAAGAUGUCUGCAGCAAGAUUGCCAAGGAGACUGAUUCAGUGGUUGUGUCUGUUGGCUACCGCUUGUCUCCUGAGCAUCUUCCUCCCGCUCAGUACAAGGACUGCCUUGCUGCUACCAUACACUUAAUUCAAAAUGCAGCUUCCCAUGGGGUGGAUCCUUCCAAGAUCAUCAUUGGUGGGGACAGUGCGGGGGGCAAUUAUGCUUGUGUUGUUGCCCAGAAACUGGUGGAGAGAUCAGACCUUCCAAAGCUACGGGCUCAAGUGCUUAUCUAUCCUAAUACACAGGCUAUGGACAUCAACCUGCCUUGCCAUCAACAGAGCAACUCAAUGCCCAUCUUGUUCCGGGAAAACGUCGUUUACUUUGGCCUGAAGUACAUUGGAAAGGACACUUCUUUGGCAGGCCAGGUCCUGAAGGGCUCUCAUGUGCCAGAUUCAAUGAGGCUGAAAUAUGGGAAGUGGGUGAGUCCAGACAACCUUCCAGAGAGAUUUAAGGCAAGAGGCUACAAACAAGUCCCACUUGCUCCUUAUGAACCUGAAGUCUAUAGGCAAUUAUCAGAGCUAUUGGAACCUGAUAUUUCUUGCCUUUUUGCUGAGGACUCUGUCAUCCAGAAGCUUCCUGAAACCCUAUUGGUGAGCUGUGAGUACGACAUAAUACGAGACGAUGGACUGCUAUACAAGAAACGUCUGGAGGACCAUGGGGUGAAAGUCAGCUGGUUCCAUGUUGAGAAUGGGUUUCAUGGGGUGAUAAGCCUCUUUGACUCAGGUGUCUUCACAUUCCCUGCUGCAGUUGAAUUAAUGGACAGCAUCAUAGAUUUUGUCAAAAACUUAUGAGAGGAAAUCUCUUGAAUUUGUGGGUCAUUCAUAAGGAGGCGAGAAUCUGCCAACUUCAGCUUCUGAUAGUUUCUCAUUUCCCAAUAUUAUAUUCAUUUCUCCAUAUUUCUGCAGCAAAAUGUGGUUCU